AGCAUUCAGAGUAGAAAGUGUCUUCCAUUUCUGCAUAAUUGUAAUGUUUGGUAAGUGAACUGGUGCCUUUUCUGUAAGCUCAUAUUUACGUAAUAAUUUCUCUGAACAGGUUUGAAAAUGGGUCAGCGUAUUAUCAUGAAGAUGACCGUGAGGGCCUUUUAAAAGUCUGCAGACUCGUGAUUCACUCGCGCUACGAAGACUAUACAACGGAAGGCUUUAACGUGCUGUAUAACAAGCAGCCUGUUAUAUACAUUAGCUCUGCAGCCAGAGCAGGCUUGGGACAAGCUCUUUGUAAUCAGGUAAAAUGGAACUUUUGGGGUCUUAUCUGUAAGUGACACUUUCUUUAUCAUGUUGUCCCCUUAGCUGGUUUCAUUACGCAUCUAUACUUUCUGUUGAAAUAUCCUUGCAUCUGUGAAAUAAACUUGUCUCUCUUGCUCACAUUCAGAUGGUAUCUUUUUAUUCUGAUGUCCUGUUGUUGCAGAAUGUUAUAGCUGAGGGAACUCUGAAGUUUUAGCCUGCCUGCCUACAUUCACAUAGAAUGUUCUGUAUUCCACUUAGUAUGACCGCAACCCUGCAUACAGGUUGACUUCAGUGGGAUUUAACUCACCUGACUGGAUGCAGAAUUGCAGCCUAUAUCUUAUCCAAGUUAAGGUGCUUGCCACUGUGCCUACUGAUGGGAGCCAGUGUAGUGUGAUAAGACCCCUGGUUGACUCUGACUCCAGUGUGGAUGCCCCCCACCCCCAGUUCCUUCAGGCAGGCUCUUGUUUCGUUUUUAAUUAAGGUGCUUGGCAUGUCUUCAUCAGUUUAAACUUUUUAUGUUGUUCCUUCAAAUAAAAAUGCUUAGAGGCUGCUUGGGGGAGUGUGGGGUGACUUCAUGGCUGUCAGAAGGAAGAGCCAAUCAGCACUCAGUAUAGGCUGCUUAUGCUGGAAAUGGGAAAAACCGAUGGCUUCUGAGCUCAAUUCCGUUUGUAAAAUUAGACAUCUGGCCCAAAAGAGCUGUGCAGUCCACUGGAGGCUCACUGCUCAAGAUAUAAAUUUUUUAAAAAAUUAAAAAUUGUCCAGUGUAUCUGAAAAAGUGUGCAUGCACACAAAAGCUUAUACCCAGAACAAACUUAGUCGGUCUCUAAGGUGCUACUGGACAAUGUUUUAAUUUUUUUAUUUAUUUCGACUGCAUAAGACCAACACGGCUACCUACCUGGGUGGGGCCUGCUCAAGAUGCGUAUACAUAGAACUUAAUGACCUCCCUGCUGUGACACACUUCACCUGUGCCAGGUGGUCCUUCUCUCAGAUUUCCACGUAUGAACCAAGGUCGGGUCCGUUGCAUUUCAGUUCUUUUUAAACCUCAAAGUUAUGGUUAACGUCAGUGGCAGUUUUCUUUUCCAAAUGAUAGAGUAGCUCUGUGAGAUUGAGGCCUUUCAAGUUGCAAGCUAAACCUGUGUUUUCUCUAUUCUCCCAUCGCAUACCUCCUCACUUAAAUUACACAUGCAUUAUACUUCAUCAGUUUAGAUUUCUCAACUUUACUUUUGUUUACAUGUUGAGAAGUAUAAUAGUGCUUUGACCCCUAUCAGAAAGGUUGCCAGCUGGGUAUUCCACAAAAAAGGCAUCACAAUGGAUAAGGCCCAUGGCUUGGUUGCCAUCUCCUUCCCCACCCACCCCCGCAACAGUAUUUCUGGCCAGACUGUCACCUACUGGGAAAGGUGGUCCAGCAAGUAUUUAGACCCCCAGCCAUUUAGGGCUUUAUAAAUUAGUGACGUUAACCUGUGUUUAGAAACAGUGCAGAUCAUGGUGAAUGGUUGCAACAUGGCUCUGAAUAAGCAGAUCUGAAUAAGCCCAUCUUAGCCUUCUUCAAAAACAUACACAAACAUGGAAAUCUGAAACGCUCAGAUCACGUUAGGGGUAUAACUUCUGUCUCGUCCCUCUGCAGCUUGGUUUGCCUCUUUCCUGUAUGUGCCGGGUGCCUUGUAACACCAUGUUUGGAUCUCAGCAUCAGAUGGUAAGUUUGAGCAGAAGCAGCAGCACACGGCCUUGUUCCAUUUGUGUACAUAAAUAAUUGUUCCCUCCUUUGCUUGGUGGCAGGAUGUUGCUUUGCUGGACAAAUUGAUUAAGGAGGACAUUGACUCUGGAAAGCUACCAAUAUUGGUAGUGGCUAAUGCUGGUAGGUAUCUUUAGCAGAUGAAAUUUGGCUACUACUUCCCCGCCCCCGCCCCAUGCACUUUCUCACCUACUCUCAAUAGAACCUCAAAUUUCUAAUUUAUAGAUAGAAUGCUGUUAACUGGCUGCUUUAUAUCUGAGUUGCCAGGCUUGGUCCUAGUUUUCACAAAGGUAGCAAGCCAGUGUCUGGGCUGUUCCACUUCACAUUUGCAGGUGGGGGCUCCCAUGAUGGAAUGCCCCUCCACACUCACUAACUAAAUAACCUGACUAUGAAGUCUAGAAGCCUCUCUUCUUUUAAAUGAGAGCUAGGAUUGUGCCCACAGCAGAGAGGGAGGGAGAGUAGGGAAACCUAUGCUUCUCUGAGUUAAACUGGCCUCAGGCAUGGGAGUGCUAGCCAGUGCCCAGAUGACAGCACCAGGAGUAUUCCAAAGGGGGAGAAGCUCCCACUCUGGUCCCUCUCAUUGCAACAUUAAUUAGAUUCUGGGUGGGGCCUGCAUGCAGCAGCGCAGCUGAGCCACACACCAAGUCUCAGUAGGGCUGGUUGACCGCACCCCUGGCUAUUCCUUUCUCAGCACCCCCCAUAUGCUAGGUACAAAAAAAGAUGCCUGCUGAAGGUGGGGGAUCUUGGUUUCCCAAAAAUUAGGGCUCAGAUGGUCACUGAGUUGCUUGGACAGUUGAAGUGCUCCAUGCAAACAUGCUUAUCAAAAUAAAGCCCCCAUUUCUGGGCACCGUACUGUUAAAAAAAGCACAAGGCUACUGGAGUGUAGCUUGAGGCAGGACAAGCGAAUCAGGUGGCUGGAAAGGGAAGCCAUGCUUUCACGUCUCCACCAUGUGUUGACUGGGAGGCAAAUAUUCCUUAACACAGGAAGCCUGCCCUGGGGCAGUUGUUGCUAAAGGAGUAUUGGAAAUAGAAAAGACUGAACGCUGCACUACUUACUAUAAAACUUUACUUUGUUGAAAUGGAAUUCCAACUAAUUCUGAGCCUAACAAAGUGCCUAGGAGAGUUCAUGUUAAGUGGCUGCGGCCAUUAGCGACCAAUCUUUUUUGCAUUUGGAUUGUUGUUCUUCCCUUUCGAUGCAGGUACACCAGGAGCAGGGCACACAGACAAACUUGGGCGACUGAAAGAACUCUGUGAGCAGCAUGGCAUGUGGCUACAUGUCGAAGGGUACAGUGCCAUUUUAAUGUAAUGUUAAGUUGACUAACUGUGCAUGAGAUCCCCAUGAAGGUAAAUAACAUGUGCACAAAUGGCAUGGCCAGGUUUGUGCAUGGUUUUGCAUCUUACUUCUUCAUUAGUCACUCCCCAUCCUGAAUUACAAUCCCCUUUUAAAAAUCUCCUAAACUAAAAACAAGUGAAGUGACUGUAAAAAAGGAGAAGGCAAUAGAUGCCAUUGAUUAAAAAAUUGGGGAGAUUUUGAUGAACGGGUUUUCACAGAGCUGUUUCAGGGAGAGUUUUAAAGGACAGUACAGUGCUGUGCAUCUAUUUGAGUCCCCACACGCUGCGCUAAAUUGGUGCAGCAUGGCAUUGCCUCUGCACAUGCGCAGACACUGAAAAUCACAUCGACGCAGAGGCCGGAAAUUGGGGGGGGGGGGCUCAUGCGUGUGCGCAAUCCAGCCCACAGAGGGGCUGGAGUGAACCGGCCCAGGCAAGGUAAACCUUGCCGACCCCUGCCUUAACCACUAACUGGAUUAAAACAAAGUGUCUCUUUCAGGUCCAGAAUCUUGGAAUAAAUUCCAGUUUCUACAGCAUACAGCUGUAAAUUCCGGUUUCUACACAUACAGCUUCCCUAAGUACAGAAUCACAAAAUAUUUAAAAUGAAACUAAAGUGAAAAGUUAGCAUUUAGAGAAGGCAAGGAAUAUCCAGUGUAAUCUAAAACUGAGUUUUCUUGUUUCUUUCAGGGUGAAUUUGGCUACUUUGGCUUUGGGUUAUGUCUCGUCAUCUGUACUGGUAUGUUUCUGCUUUCUUCAGUGUGGGUUUAGGGGACUGAAUUUAUUCUGUCUCUUUUCAGACCAUUGAUCAUGAUAUCCUCCUGAACCAACUGUUCAAGAUGGGUUUUAGAGGUGCAGUGGUUUCAUUAUACCUACAGUCAAGUCCAUAUAGUAACGUUAGGGGAGUGCUUUUUUACUCCCUUGAACUUGUGCUAUGGGGUCCUGCAGGGCCCUCUUUUUGGUCCCCAGUGUUAUUUAACAUCAACACGAGGCCAUUGACAGCAGUCAUUUCAAGUUUUGGUUCAGGUGUUGUCAGCGUAUUGACAGCAAUAUACUGAUGACAGGCAGCUCCAUUUCUCCAUUGGUAACUUCAGCUCUGAGCUACUUCAAAGUGAGGCUGCCUUGGCCUGGAAGCCCCAGCUGCUAAGCCACUGGUGAAGAGAGAUAACCAGCAGCAUGCAACACCUCUGUUGAAACAUCUGCAGUGGCUGCCCAUAUGCUCCAGGUUCAGGACUCAUAUUAAAAUACAAAGCCCUGAAGAACUUGGAUUCAAAAUACCUUAAAGACUGCCUUCCCCCUUAUAUCCCAACUUGAUCACUGAGAUCAUCUGGAGGAUGUCCUCUGUGUUUCUGAGGCCCAGCUGUCUUCAGCUAGAAGUCAGGCAUUUAGUGUUGCCAAAUUCCACAAAAGUGGACUGCUCUUCCAGCAAAGAUCCAGGAGGCAUCCUUACUGCUAAUUUUCAGGUGUCUCCUAAAUACUUUUUUAUGCCAACAGGCCUCUGAAUUUGUUUAAUCCCCACGCCAAGUUGAGCCAGUCAUUUUCAUUAUCGUUUACUUUUUUUUAGGCUGGUCUCUCAUUUUUAGAAGUUUGGCUCAUGGGUUCCAUUGUUUUGAGUUGCACUCAAAUAAUAUAACUCUGCCUUCCUUUCUGCAGGCCGCAACCAAAUGUGACAGCAUGACCCUGACUCUGGGGCCCUGGCUAGGUCUCCCAGCAGUGCCUGCAGUGACUCUCUACAGACAUGAGGAUCCUUCUUUGGUAAGCUUAUUUCUUUGUAUAUAUGCUCACUGCUUGAUCCAAACUCCAAAGGUUGGCAACCCCUGCAUCCACCCUGAAUUUUUCACAUACGAUGGAAUAACAAAUCCAGCAAAAAGUAAUGAAUGCAAAUAUGUUGUUGUUUUGUUCACAGUCCUUGGUUGCAGGCUUGACCUCUAGCCAGGCAGUUGAGAAGCUGCGUGCUCUGCCUCUGUGGCUCUCCUUGCAGUACCUUGGACACGAUGGGAUUGUGGAAAGAAUAAAACAUUCAUCUCAGUUGGUAAGAAGUUGGGCAUUGCUUUGGCUCAUGUGCAUCUCCAUGGAUGAGCUGGCAUUUCACGUUUUACGUAUAUAGUGGUGUUGUUGCAUUCUCAGUCUCGAGCCAAAGAAGAGAUGAGUUAUGUGUGUGUAUCAUAUGCGUGUAUGAGAUGUAACACAGGAUACCUGUAAAUGGGUCACAGAAAGUGUUUUUUAUUUUAUUUUAUUAUCCAUCAAAACAGCCAUGUAGGGCUGAUUUUGGCCAGAGAAACAAUGUUAGGAAAGGAGAUUUUAAGUUUUCCUUCACACACCUUUGCCCUGAUCUGAAUUCCUCCAAGUAGCUAUUGGCCCUCUUUGGGGGCAGGGCAGGGGGAAGAAAAUACAGCUGAGUGUUUUUUGUUUAAAGAAAAAUCCCCAGUGGAGAUAACAGAGACUUGGGGGGGAGUAGGGCUUUAGAUUGGGGAAAUGAUGCAAACAAAGACAUUUAAAGACCCAUCUUCAUAUGCUGCUGCUCCAUUCAAAACUAGGGUCUUUGACAGCUGCUUUGAAGUAAGUUUGUUCAAGCACAGAAAUCUAAUCAUAGGUCCGUCACAUAAUUUAUCUAAGUCUUGUAAUAUAAUGAUUCACUAUUUGAAGGAGGCAGCUGACCAAACAUUUAUGGUCUACAGCUUCUCCAUGUUCCCAAGGAGAAACCAAGGUGGUGGAGGGGAGCAGGGCUUGAUUGGCAAACUGCAAAUGGUCGCUUGUAUAUGAGCUUCCAGUAGAGGAAGCUCUUUUACAGGCUUCGUAUAAUUGUUUGCCAACCCUCUGGUGGUGAGAGCGUGAAACAGUUGACACAUCUUGUCACCAGUUCGGAAAGACGUUGUAUUCUGUACAGCACCUUUUAGAUGUGGGUGGGCCGUGAUUAAUAAAUGAACAAUCAGGCACUUGUUAAACCUUGGCAGAGGGACUGCUGCUCAUCACCCCCUGCCUCUUGUGCUACAGCCUCACUCCUCCUUGCUUUGCUGUCUGCUGACCUGCCUUCCCCAAAUGUGAAAGCAACAGCAAGACCAAAGAGAACAUGCAGCAGCAGCAGCAGCAGCAGCAGCAGCAGCAGCCUCCACUUGCCUUGUGGAGCAGUGAGGCAGAUUGGGACCAGAAGAGGAAGAGCAAGGGAUUGGGCAGGGGUGGCAGUGGGAAGGAGGAGGAGAGGGUGGCUGGGGGGGGGACCCCCUUAAGGCAUCUUGUCCCAAAAGCCCCAAGAGUCAACCCUGAUGGAAAACCCCAGCUGAUGGAGGCGGGGGCGAGUGUUGGCCAUAUCAAAUCAAAUUUAUUAAACGGUCACAGACCAGAUUAACUCGUACAGCUAGUCAGCUAAGCAUAACACCGGAAAAAACAAAGGACAAUUUCAAUACAUAACUGCAAUUUAAAAUUAGACAGCAUAAAUAAAAAUUAAGUAUUUGCCUUCGCCUGCGUAAUGCCAUUGGAAAGCUCUUGUUUCCUGCGCCUAAUAGCGGCUACACAAAAUUUGGCCACAUUGAUCGUAAUUUCAGAAACCUUAUCUUCUACCAAGGCUCUCAUACGUUGGAGUUCUGGUUCAUUUUUAAGCUUUUGUAGAACUGGGGCAAUAAAGGUCAAACGUAGAUCCUCAUAGUAACUACAGUGCAGCAAUACAUGCAGACUUGUUUCCACUUCCGAUGAGCCACACGGGCAAACACGUGACUCAUAUGGUUUGCCCUCAUAUCUGCCUAGCAGCAGGGCAGAGGGCAGAACGUUAAAUCUGGCCAGGGUAAAGGAGUGUCUGUACUUAGGUAUUUGUAAAUCAGCCAAAUAAUUUGCGGGUGAGAACCCUCUCCCAAAGUCUCUAAUUAUGGCAUGUUUAUCCAUUUUGCCCAUAUGACAUUGCAGCUCUAUGUCCCUAAUGCGUUGGAGCACUUGACUUCUGGCUCUCUCAUAUCCUGCCGCUAUCAAGAUCUGCGGGGAGAAUCCCAGGCUUCUUAUCUUUUCAAACAGGGAAGCUUUCCAGGUGGAAUGAAAGGUGUCUAAGAGUGUUAAAGGAGCCAAACCGGCCGGGAAAAAAUAAGUUUUAACCAGUAGUGUAUCUUUAGAAUCCACAGCCGCGCAUUAACGGGUGGUUGUCCAACUUCUAAGCGGACAGCUAUAUUAGAUACACAGGGGGGGAUCCCCAAUAAACACCGAUAGAAUUUUGUUUGAAAUGCCUCCAUAGGCGCAAAAUUUUAAAACUGCAAACCUGGGAUCCAUAAGUAAGUUGUGGGAGUGUUUUUGCAGCAAAAACCUGGGAGGCCGCCGGAACGUAUUUACCCCCUUUCCCGUGAAAAAAUCUUGUAAGGGCUUUAUUAGCCCUUCCUGCGUUGGCAAUGGCGUUUUCAUCUGUUGAUGCCACGAGACCCUUUCCUGAAAAGUUACUCCCAGGUAUUUGAAAGUUGCUACCUGGUCAAUAGGUUGACCAUUAAUUCUCCAUUUGUGUUUCCUUCUUUUUUGAAAACACCAUAAUUUUAGAUUUGCUGUGAUUUAUUGAUAGUUGUUCCGCUUGACAAUAGUCAGCAAGUGAUCUCAAAAGCUUCCUCAGGCCAAUGCAGGAAAAGGAGAGUAGGACUGCGUCGUCCGCAUACAGAAGCACCGGGAUGGGAAUACCUGCCAGUUUGGGAGGGUGGGCAUUUUCUUUCGCCAUAUUUACUGCUAGAGAGUUGAUAUAGAAAUUAAAUAGCGUUGGCGCGAGGACACAUCCUUGUUUAACCCCAUAGUGCGUUUGAAUUUCUUUAGUUAGAUGGCCUGACCGAUCGCAUCUUACCCUCACCCUGGUGUUUUCGUAUAGACCACGGAUAAGGCGUAAUAAGCGUUUAUCUAUGUUUGUAGCGCCAAGCUUUUCCCAGAGUCUAUCCCUUGGUAUUAGAUCAAACGCCGAUUUAAAAUCCACGAAUGCUGCAUAUAAAGACCCCCCUUUUCUAGAGUAUUUGUCUGCCAGGUGUUGAAGGGUAAGGGCCUGGUCUAUAGUUGAACGCUUUGCUCUAAAACCAGCUUGAGCUUCUGAUAGAAUAUGCUCUCUUUCCAUCCACUCCACUAAUUUAUCACAUAAAUGAGCAGCAUACAGUUUGCUAAUAAUACUUAAUAGACUGAUUGGUCUAUAGUUAGCUGGCUCAGUUCUGUUUCCUUUCUUAAAUAUUGGAAUGAUGAUGGCUAAACCCCAGUCCUCGGGGAUAAUAGCCGCUUGAUUUAUACUAGUGAACAAGGCGGCUAGCACAGGGGCCCACCAUUCGACAUUUGCCUUAAGAAUUUCUGGAGGGAUAUUGUCAGCACCCGGGGCUUUCCCUGAUUUAAGAGCUUGAAUAAGUCCAGUAAUUUCUUCUAUGGUUACAGGGGGCCAUUCCUUACCAAAUUCACUUGAAGCAGGAAGCAGAGCUGGGGCCAGUUGAUUUGAUGAAUAUAAUGAGAGGAAAUAGGCCUCCCAUGCUCCAGCGGGUAUAGAGUAUUCGAUUUCAAUCGGGAGUCUCUCCAGCUUUUUGCAAUUAUUUUCCAAAACGUGGCAGAAUCUUUCCUUUGGGAGGCCUCCACUAGGCACUGCCAUUCCUCCCUUUGUGCCUGGAGCUUUUUCUUGCUAAUCAAAGCUUUAUAACUGCGUUUUGACUCAAACCAGUCUAAUGGAAGCGAAGGUAAGUUCGCUGUUCUAUAGUUCCUGUACUUAUCCAGCAGGAGGCGUUUCAUGGCCAUGCAUUCUUGGUCAAACCAAGGUUUGGAUUUAUUAAAGUGUAGAGAUUGCCGUGGCGUUUUUUUGUUGGUCAGAUAAGGUUGUAGCGACGAAAUCAGUUCCCGGAACAUGUCCAAUCUGGCCUCAGGAGUUGGGGAAUUAACGAGGUUCUCCUUUCUAGCAAGAAAAAUAUCUGAGUGAAGUCUUUCCGAUAUUUCAUCACUCAAUUUGCUGGACCAUUUAAUACGUGAGUAUCUUAGCUCCAUGUUUUCGAAGCAUGGGGCUACAAGUUUAUCAGAGCAAAAUAAAUCUUUUCUUACAUCCAGUAUUAAACAGAACGGUAGAUGGUCGCUGUCAACCCUCUCCACCACUUUACAUUCCCGUGCUCUGCUCAAAAGGUUAGAUGACACCAGGACGUAAUCGAUAGUGGAGGCUCCCAUGUUGGAUAUAAAUGUAAAUUCCCCACUGGGUUCUCUGUCGACACGACCAUUUAAUACAGUCAAAUCCAGAUUGUUGGAAAACGUAGAAGACAUAGGCCUGCGUAAUUGCAGCCCUUGUCUUUUGAGAGCCUUGGGGAAUAGAAUGGGCUUCUUCAGAAAUGGGAGGUACGUCGUGAAAAUGAGCAUAUAACGCUUCGUCUGAUUGGCCAAUUCUGGCAUUUAAAUCCCCAGCCAGCAGCACUGCCGCAGCAGGAGUUUGAUUCAUUAGCUCAUCGACAUAAGAUUCUAUCCUAUGCCAGAGAUUUUUGAUAAGCUGCUUGCCUCUUUGGGGAGGGGCAUAUAUAUUAAUCAAUAGGAGUGUGCAAUAUCUGCAUUUCAUCAAUAAUGCCAUGGCCACACUGCUCAGAGGCUCCAGCUCGACGAAAGAUGCUCUCAACCUUGUGGAUAUUAAAAUGCCUAGCCCACCCUUAACUCGUCCCCCUUUGUUGCUUGGUGAGCCUGCGAGCGAAAAUGAGGCAAAACCAUUUACAUCUAGAUCCCCUGUUAGCCAUGUCUCUUGCAAGAAGACUAUAUCAUGAUCUUGAAUAAAAUUGACAAAUGAUUGGUCAGUCGCCUUGUUGAGCCAACCAGCAAUGUUCCAUGAUAUAAAUUUAAGAUUGGCUUUAUCACAAUCAAAUCUUUGUCAAUUAUUAGCUAACGUACUUUUAGGGUUUGUCGCUUUAUGUAUCGGGCGCCUAUCGUCUUUAAAUGGCGGGCUAUCCAGCCGCUCUAUGAUUUCAAUAGGUGGAUGCAAAGUGCUCACGUUUGUGAACACCAGAUCUUUAUUAUGCAUAAAUUCCUUCUGUGGAUAGUCUGUUUUGGCCUGAUUUUGGCCCAAUUCUGUUUCAUCUAGGUAUCUCAUUUUGUCCCAUACGUCUUGUGGGGUCACCUUGGGGAUAUUUCUCUUUCGGGGGGGUGAUGGAGUACUCUCCUUGAAGGGUGGCACAUUCUCUCUUGGUGGAAAGUUAAUCUCCGCUUUAAUCUGAAGGUUACGUGUUGUGGUCUUUUUUUGGUCCCCCUUGAUAACCUCGUUGCCUGAAGCUCUCUCGGCCAGCUUAUCUCUUAGCUUAUCUAGUCUUCCCAAGAUGUCAGUUUGUAUUAAUGGUGGGAACAUCCAGAAUUGGUCAAUUAGGAUAUUUUCUUCCAUAGUAAAGAAAUCCUCACCUUUACUUGCAAGGCAUUGCGGGUUCUGUUUGUCAGGCCAGGAUUUUGAGAGUUGUUUCCCCUUUCUAAGAUUUGCCUGCUUAGUUUUCAAAAGGGGGCUCAAAGGAGCCUUAUUUUCAAAGAACCUAAGUAUUAUUGUCCGUGCUUUUAAAAAGGCAGGUCUUGACCUAAAAAUAUACUUGGCCAGGUUCUGAUCCCUAAAAGUGGUCAGUGCUCUCACUGAGUGACCAUCAUAAUGUAAAUAUUCCACCGAGGUGAUAUCAUUAGCAUUAACCAUUCCUGGCAGUAUGUCAUUUAGACUAGAUACAAAGUUCAUUAUUCGCUGUUUCCCUGUAAGGAAGCCCUUAGGCUUCGGGAAGUUCGUGAAUACCAGUUUUUGGGGAUUUAGGAUCAAAUUCCAAUCUCUUUCCUGACUGGAGGCUUGCCAGGUCUGAAGGGGGGUAUCAUCUCUACUAAACGCUUCCUCUUCCCCGCUGUUCGAUUUGCUAAAUGUUUUAUUGCCUUCAUAGGAAGAGGCCUCUACUUCCGCAGCAUCAGGUUUAUUAAAAAGUUGGUUAUCCAAGGACUGAGUUGUUACUUCUGCCUUCUCACUUGCUACUGGAGUCAGCCUUGGCGAGUCCUCCUUAGCCGGUUGCUGUGUAACUACCUUUGUUUCUCUCUUUUUACCCUUCUUUUUGCUGCCCCGUGUGGUCGAUUUAUUUGGGGCUGGGGAAGAAGUUUAAACAAUUUCUGCCAAUGUAUGUUUCGAUUACUGCGGGUAUGCUUGGCUAUCCUUGUUGUUUUAAUAUUUUUACUUUUCUUCACUUUUACCCUUGAGUUAUGUCUUUGCAGAUUCUUAUUUAUUACUGGUUUGUUCAUCGACGCUAGCUCAACUGUUUUAUGUUCUUGUGGCAUAUCAUUUAAUUUUAACUCUUUUAAUUGAGAUGUGAAAUUUUCUACUAACGUCAGCAGUAGCCCGUUUGUUAUUGUUAGAUAAUUUUUAUGUUGGCUAAAUCAGAACUUAUUGCUAGGGAAUAAUCCAAAGGGCGACCGUCACUCAAUUCUGUUUGAGAGUAUUUUGGAGUAGGUAUCUGGUUUUGAUGGGUUGAUGUAAUUUCUUCCGUGGGCAGCUGUUCCUUAGUAAUAGAGGUAUUUCCCUCCUGAAGUUCCUCGGCUAAAGCUAGUUCUUGCGCUAGGCUGCAUGGGGAGUUAAUAUUUCCAGAAUCUUGGUAUAUCUCUUUAAAAUUAGACGUCCAAUCAAGAGCAGUAAGAGAGGGGGGUAUUACUUCAUCAAGAAUUAACUCUUUUUGUGGACUCUUACCCUCCUCCAUCUUAGGAAAGUAAUUUGUGAUUUUGCUUUGUCUUUUACCAGGGCCCGAGGGGCUGAUUGCCAAGUCAGGCAGUAUAUCCAACUCCUUGUAUUUUCUUCUAGUAAAAACCAUGGUAAAAGUGGUCUUGAUAUAGAGAGAGGGCAGUUUACCCCAGGUGCGGCUGCCUUAGAUUGGGGGGCAAGUGGGGGUAUCAAUCUAUAUUCCCACCUGCUCUCUGUAACAGCUUCCUGAUGUGCUCAUCAACAGCCUCGAUAUAUUUCUCUAUUUUGAGUUCUCUGCUUUUAGAUCUUGGCAAUUGUCCUAAGCCUGUAGUUUUCACCUCAAUCAUGCGACCAGCGCUAUUUCACAAAUGCUGCAACCUAGUCAGAAUAUAAUAAUAAAACAAUGCUGCCAGAGAGACAGCAGUAAUAAAACGGCUAAAAACUACAUUAAAAUUAAAAUUGCCUUAUUUAGGCAAUUUAUAUGCAGCUGGAAAAGGAUAAUAGUGGAGUUUGGCUAUAGCGCAUGUACAGCUAUGAUAACCUUGUAUUUCGGGUCUUAGCUUAGUCUUUAGAGGCCAUCUUCCACCGCCCUAUACUGAACGAAGGAUAUCCAAGAGCCCCAGAAGGGAAACUUUCUGUGGGCUGGUUCGCUGGUUCCUUCUAGGUAGUCUUUCAAAGGCCUACCACAUAAGGCAGGGCACAGAACGAUAUCUUGCUGAAGCCGGUUUUCCAAACCUCCAUAGGGUCCUAUCCGAUACCCUGUUGUGGAGUUAUUGUGUAGAUUAAAAAGUUCCUGUAAAAAAAACUGAGGGUGCCUUCGCCAGGAGUCUCUAAGAAUAUAAAAGCUGGUCUCCUCGAACGAGUUUAUUAAAAUGAAGAGUCUUUCCAGCUACAGCACUACCUCUUCAACUAAGCAGGAAUGUUGUCCCCAGCUAGUUCACACAGCCCCCCAGCUGGGCGGGGGUCAGUCAAUUCAGUUAACCCCGAAUCUCCAAGCUUUAUCUUUCUCUGUGUUCAGCAGAGCUGGGUGUCUGUGGGCCAAUCUCAAAGCAAAGCUCACAGUCGUAUCUCUCCUUACCCUCCUUCUCCAGGCACCGUUGGUCAGGUAAGCAGUUCACAGUUCUGUCUUUAGACCUCUUCUGUCUCUCUGCUCUCAGUUCAGGCAGCAGCGUUCUCUCCUCUCUGGCAACCUUGACCGGGCAGCUGAUAAGGAGGGAGGGAGCAGGCUGGGACAAGCUGAAGCUCACAGAGCCGACAGGAGUUAUAAAAAUGUUCAGAGUCUUUAAAAUGUUUUCCGUUUGUUAAAAAUUGGCAUCCGGAGGGCAAUUAAGGUAAGGUUUUUAAAAAUAAAAGUGAACGCCGGAGAGCGUGACUUGCCUCGGCGCCAUCUUGGAGAGCAUUCUCAAUGACGUUAGAAAUACGCUUCCAAAUUUGUACAGGGUGCCUUUUCAUCAUCCCUGGAUGAGCGGAACCAUCGGCUAUGCACCUUUAAUAGGCACGUGGCAGAGGUCACUCCAAAAUGUCACACAGGAAAGAGAGAGAAAAGCAGCUGCUGUUUGCCUUGUUUUCUGCACAGCUAUAUCAGUGUUGGCCAUAAUACCUCAUUGUUUUUAGCUGCUUAGUGAGUCAUUUUCAGUCCCCUGCCGCCUCCCCACAACAUCUCUAAAAGCUGUUAAAAAAGAAAAGAAAAGCGUGAUCAGGCCUUCCUUUUUCCCUCCUUUCCUUGGUUUUGGAAGUGGUCUUUUAAGUAUCCAGCUGGCAAAGAUGACUGGCACCUGCUCUAUAUUGUUCUUGCUGCUUGAAGAAAGUUCUCUUGUUAUCCCCCUUCCCACUGGCAUUAGUGUGUGAUGUCCACCCUUACCAGUACAUUCAGUUAUCACCGUUGAAGGGAUACACUUUCCCCACUUAUACUCAGGACAGUUGCAUGUACUUGGGUGGGUACGCGUUGUCCUUUUUAAUGAGCACUGGAUGAGCAUCUUACGUAUUUUGUAUUGUCAUUUGUUUUAUAUUUUUUUCUGGUUUCAGUUUGCUUGUCGUUGAUUUAUUCUGUCAAGUCAACUUGAAACACCUUCUUUUGUAUUAAGUGGCUGAGAAAUGUUAAUGAUGAUGAUGAUCCGUAAUACAGUGGUACCUCUGGUUGCGGACGGGAUCUGUUACGGAGCUCCGGUUGGAUCCUGAGGUUUUCGCUACCGGAGGUGCUUGUUGUGCGCAUGUGCGCAGCGCGGUAGAGCACUUCUGAACAUGCGCGUGUAGUGAAACCCGGAAAAAUACUUCCGGGUUUGCUGUGUUCACAUCCUGAGGUUUACGUAACCAGAAGGUUACAUAACACGAGGUACUACUGUACCUAAGGGGUGCCCUCAUCAGAGCCCUCAGAAACAACCCUUUGUGUAUGCAGUAAUUGACCAAAAGCCAGUAGAGGUGAACAGUUUGUGUUGCUAAGGAACACAUCAUCCUAGGAAGACUGUGAAUAUUGCUCUGCUUUUUAAUAAUUUAAUUGAUUCUUAGAAAAUCUUCAUGCUGCAGCUUUCAGGCUUCCCAACAGGGGCCAUUUAGGAAGCUUUUAUAGGUGGCUGCAAGAGCAGCCUACUUGUCUUUCGACCAGGGGGAAGUGGUGGUGUUGAUGACUUGAGGCGCCUUUAAAUUAAAGCAGCUAAAGGCAAAUUCAUGUUGCCAUUUAUCAUUUUAUGUUGCAUUUUUUUAAAAAAGUGUGAAGUGCUUUAGGAUCUUGAUUUCAACCUCACAAGGACUCGUUGAGCAAAUUUGUUGUUAUUCCAUUUACAGAUGAUGGAGGGACCACUAAGACUAGUCUGCAUCUUAGAUUGAUUCUGGCUUGCCACUACAAAUUUAAAUCUUGAUCGAGCUGUCACACCCAUCAAGAAUUUAAUGAGUUUUGUAAUGCUUAUGUAGUUGUUGUUUAUUUAAUCUCCUUCCCGCUCCCAACUUUCAUCUACUCUUUUAGAGUCAACGGCUGUUGGAAAACUUGAAGAAUCAGGAUUUUAUUAAAACCUCAGUAAGUUUUCCUUUUGCACCUUAAUUUUUUAAAACAAUAGCAAUAAUAUAUUAAGCCCAUAACCCACCCUAUCUUCUUGCCACAUUCCUGUUUCAGCUUAGGAAAAGUGGUCUUGUUGCAUAUAUAGUACAGUGACAACAGUGGCAGACCUUGAGGUCUCAGAUUUCAGUGGUGCCCUGUGCGACGCCAAAAUUUGGCACCCCCUCCCCGCCUCUCACGCUCCAUUGCAAAUCAUAGUUGCAACGUCCCUGCAGUGCCCCUGAGGCUCGACGCCCAGUGCAACUGAACUGGUCACACUUCCCUAAAUCCACCUCUGGUGACAGAUUUUAGACAAAAUCCAACGCAAACAGGCAUGGCCUUCUAACGAAUCUGGACGGUUGUGUAAAGAAGUAUGUUUGAAACCCUCUGUGAUUCUUUGCCUGCAUAAACUGAGCUGUGGGUCUGGGAUAAUAACACCUGGCAUAAGUGGGAGGUGUUUUACCACCUUGGGGAAUUCAGUGGGACUUACACUUGGGAAAAUGCUUAUUGGAUUGCAGCCUUGGUUUUUAUAUUUUGCUUUAUCACAUUUAUAGCCUACCUUUCUUCCAUGAAGCUCAAGGGUGGCAUAUUCUCUUUGUCCCGAUUUUAUCCUCACAACAAUUCUUGAGUCAGGUUAGGCUGCAAGAUUGUGGCAGGCCCAAGGUUACCCAGGGAGUUCCAUGGCUCAGCAGGGACUUGAACCCUGGUCUCGCAGAUCCUAGUCCAACUCUGUAAACCACUAAGCCACGCAGGCUGUCUUUCAAAUCUGGUAUCUUGGUUCUCUUGCAAUUUGAAUGUUAGCACUAAUGCCAGUUGUGCUAAUGACAUGGGCCCUAGAGAAUUAAUUUUCUGUACACAGCCUUAAGAUGCUCUCACAACAUUUUGGAACGUGGGUUUUAUUUUUAUUUUUAUUUUAAUGUCCCAUUUCUAAGGUUGAAGAUGAACUUAGCUCUCCUGUGGUGGUAUUUAAGUUUUCCCCAGAACUGUCACCUAUAG